AUGCUCCGUGAAGUAUUGUCAAGAUAUACUCCAGGAGUGUCCUUAGUUCAGCAGCUUUCCAGACGAUUGUUUGCAGCAGAAGCCAAUCUACAACAGCCCACAGAUACAAGCACUUAUUCAUCGUCAGAGAGACCUAAUGAGCUAUUGACCCAGGCGGUCAGUCGCAGGAACGUUAAUCGAGUUUGCCUUAGUGGGACAGUAACAAGUAAACCAUUUUAUGGGACAACUAGAAAUGGGGGAAAAUUUGGCGUUGUUCGAAUCACGUCAAAUUCAUUUGGAGGUCAUUAUGAUUUCCGAGUGCGUUUAGGAACACGAACUUCGCUUGCAUAUUGCAGGGCAAAUGUCGAUGAAGGUUCGCAUUUGUUCGUUUUCGGUCGCUUAGCGACUUUCCCGAGAGUUGCAGCGGAUGGAACGCAAGGUUCUAGUGGAACUAUAAUGGCAUCUCGCAUAUCAGUAGAAAGCAGUUCUGCUGCAUCUGCUGUUAGUGAAAACGAACAAUUUGAAGAUGUAGACUUAUCAGCCGAAGAGGAUUUAGAACAGAAUGAGAAAAAAUAA